UCUCCGAACCUUUUAGAGUGAUGGAUCAGCGUGGUGAAGGGUACAAGAAACACCACCCUCCAAGUAGGGGAGAUAAAAUCUGGCGAUUAGAAGGAAUUGCCAAAAAUGGUGCAUAUCUCCAACGCUUGUCCUCCAACGAAAUAAAAAAUGUGGAUGAUUUUUUGAAGACUUAUAAACAAAAGGGUUCUACUUACCUGAAACAGCUACUUGGUGAGAAAGUCUCUAUCGGCGAACAGAAGAAGAAGAGAGGAAAAGGAGGGUGGGCGGCGGCUGGGUAGAAAAGAAAAGAAAACUGAAAGAAGGAGCAGAGGGG